AUGCGAAAACGAGCGCGUCCACACGUCUCUGUGCGGACGCCGAAGCUGAAACCACAGCAACUGAUGUCUCAUCGGUUGCUGAAGCGACCCAGCCUGUGUCACUUGGUGAUGCAGGCGCUGGUCAUGAAAACUCGUGUCUUCACGAGUACGAGAUCGGUGUCUCGUACUCUCCUGAUACGGAUGACGGAUCCGUAUCGACGGCGAUCCAAGCCGCCUGCCAAGCGUGGCAUGGAUGAUGCUUUGCGUCGCAGCAUCUUUGGUUCAUCUGAUGAAUCAGAUGAACCAUCGCCGAAGCGUAGGCGCUCGAGGUCGCGAGACUCGGACGCUAAUAGUGGUGUCGGUUCUCCUAUGGACACCACUUCACAGCGAGGUGCCAGUACUUCUGUCGGCACGUCGUGA